AUGGAGGCGCGGUUUGUGUCGCCGGCGUCGUUCCGCAGGGCCGGCGAGCAGGCAGUGGCCGAGGCCCAAGCGCUGACGGCCGAGCAGAAGCGGCAGGUGGUCAAGUGCCUGGACCAGCUCAGCGACGCGCUGUGUCGGGUCAUGGACGUGGCCGAGCUCGUGCGGCAGGUGCACCCAGACAGCAGCUGGCAGCGCGCGGCCGAUGCAGUGUACGGCAGCAUGUUCGACUACAUGAACGGGCUCAACACGCACGUCGGGCUGUACCGUAAGGUGGUCGAGGCCAUGGACGACCCGGCGUGCAGCGGCAGCUUCAGCACCAUUGAGCGCGAGGUGGCGCUGUCGUUCCGUCGCGACUUUGAGCGCUCUGGAAUCCACCUGCCCAAGCAGGCGCACACGCGCUUCGUCGCAUUGUCGGCCGCCAUCCACGACCACUCGCGCGCCUUCCUGCGCGGCCAGACGCAAACGCCGGACCGCGCCGUCGAUGUGCCGCUGGAGCACUUGCGCGCGCUGCCGUCGCAGGUCGCCAUGGCCAUCCUGCAGUCGUCGAAGACGCGCAAGCGCAGCGACGGCGGGACCAUCAUACAGCUGAUACCCGACGACUACGUAGCCCACCACGUGCUGCGCGACUGCACCGACGAGUCGACGCGCGAGGCUGUGUUCUGUGCGUGGCAGCGUGGCUCGCCGCGCGCCGUUACGUCGCUGGAGGCGCUGCUGCGCGAGCGGCUAGCGCUGGCGCAGGCUGUCGGCUACGAGUCGUUCGGCCACAUGACGCUGGACGACAAGAUGGCGCGGUCGCCCGGCCACGUCGACGCGUUUCUACGCGGGCUCGCGGCGCAGGCGCAGCCGCGCUGGUCGGCCGUCGUCGACGCGCUGCACGCAGCCAAGGGUGUGGCCGUGCGGCCGUGGGACCGCGACUUUCUAGUGGCCGGGCAGCAGAUGGACGGUGGCGCGCUGCCUUCGCUGCGCCCGUACCUCAGCCUCGGCCGCGUGGUGCUGGGGCUUUCACGGCUGUUCAAGCGGCUGUACGGCGUGGAGUUCCGCGCUGCGGCGCCGCAGCCGGGCGAGAUCUGGCACCCGGAGGUGCGCAAGCUCGAGGUCGUCGACGACGCCGGCCGGCUGCUGGGCCUGAUCUACUGCGACGUGUUCGCGCGCAGCAGCAAGGCCCACGUGGGUGCUGCGCACUUCACUGCGCGGUGCGCCAGGCGCGUUGACAACGACAUUGGCGUGCAGGGCAGCGCCGACCACGCAGGCCAGACCGUCGUCGAGCGUGACGGCCAGCGCUUCCAACUGCCUGUGGUUGUGCUAAUCUGUGACUUCCCCGUGCCGGCCGAGGGCUCGCCGCCGCUGCUGAGCUGGUCGAACGUCGAGACUAUUUUCCACGAAAUGGGCCACGCCAUGCACUCGAUGCUGGGCCAGAACGGCUUCCACAAUGUCGCCGGUACGCGGUGUCCCGUUGACUUUGUGGAGCUGCCGUCGAUCCUCAUGGAGCACUUUGCAAGGUCGCCCCACGUGCUCGAGCUCUUUGCCUCGCACUACAAGACCGAUGCGCCGCUGCCGCUGGAGCUGGUCCGCAAGCACACGGAGCAGCGCCGCCGGCACUCUGCGCUUGACCUGCAUGCGCAGCUGUUCAUGGCGGCGCUCGAUCAGCGCUACCACUCCAAGGACCUGCACGUGGAGGGUGGCCCCGGGUGGUCAUCGCGGGUACUGGCGGAUGUGCAGCAGGACCAGAUGUUCUUUGGGGGGUCGCCCAGUGCCGCGUCCUUCUUUGGCCAUGUGCAGGGGACCCAGUGGCAGUCUCGGUUCACGCAUUUGGUCGGGUAUGGCGCUUCUUACUACGCGUACUUAUUCGACCGCGUGUUGGCUGGGCGGAUCUGGGACCGUGUGUUCUGCGGGGACAGCUCGGAUACGCCGUUGGUGCGCGGCGGCGGCGAGGAUGGAUGCGGUAAUCCGCUGAGUAGGGAGGCUGGAGAGAGAUUUAAGAAUGAGGUUUUAAGCUGGGGCGGCGGUCGUGACCCAUGGAUGAGCUUGGCUGCUGUGCUGGACAAUGGAAAGACGAGCGCAAAGGAGAUUGAGGAUAUUGCUCAGGGCGAAAAAUCCGCUAUGCGUGCGGUUGGUAGCUGGAGACUGCCCGAUCUUUAA